UUUCCAAGCUGAGGAUUGGGACCCCAUAAGGGUCCUCAGAAGCCUCCAGAUUAUGUUUAGCAAAAAUAGGAGGUCAAAUGGGGUGAGACGGGAGAGAUUUGUGUUGUAUGAUCUCGUUUCAGGUAGGUGGUUCUGUCCUAACGUUUCUCCACUAAAGUCAGAUUUCCACUUAAAAUGUCAUUUGUAUUUGAUGUGGUGUCUAAAGUUUCAGGCACGAUGAGUUCUCAAAGAGCAAAGGUGGUGCUAUCACUGGACGCUGAAGCAGUCGACUCACUCAAAGAAGGAGCCAAUUUCAAGAAAAACAGAGAGGACGGUAUAUGUUACAUCAUAUACAAGGACAAGAUCACCAAUGUUGUUAAAGCAUGCAAGAACCAAUGCAAGCACCAAGGAGGGUUGUUCAUCAAGGACAUGGAAGACCUGGACAGGCAGGACUGUGAAAUGCACCAAGCAUAACUGGAAGUUAAAUGUGUCGACAAUGAAAUAUGUGAAUCCACCAGACAGCUUCUUGCAGGAUGAGCUCGAAGUAGAGAUUUUGAAUGAUGGGGGGCUUCAGUUGGUCGAGUUGAGCCCCGUCGACCCCUGGCUGGCGGACCCUCGAGAGCCUGUGGAGCUCCAGGAAGGAGAAGUCAAAGUGAUGUACUUGACCCACGCCUGCAUGGAGCUGCAGCUGGGACAGAGUCGCUUCAUGUUCGACCCGUGGUUGAAGGGUCCGGCGUUUGCCCGUGGCUGGUGGCUUCUCCAUGAGCCUCCAGCAGACUCCCUGGACAGACUGUGUGCAGCAGAUCUCAUCUACAUCAGCCACAUGCACUCUGACCACCUCAGUUACCCCACACUGAAAGACCUGUCGGAGAGGAGGCCAGAUGUCCCCAUUUAUGUUGGGGACACAUCGAGACCCGUCUUCUGGUAUUUGGAGCAAAGCCAAGUCAAGCUGACCAACAUCAAUGUUGUUCCUUUUGGAGUCUGGCAAAAUAUAAACAAAGACCUGAGAUUCAUGAUCCUGAUGGACGGCGUGCAUCCCGAAAUGGACACCUGCAUCAUUGUCGAAUAUAAAGGUCACAUGAUCCUGAACACUGUGGACUGCACCAGGCCUAACGGAGGCAGGCUACCACAGAAUGUUGACUUGAUGCUGAGCGACUUCGCUGGAGGUGCAUCUGGAUUCCCCGUUACCUUCUCUGGAGGGAAAUACAGUGAUUCCUGGAAGGCAGAGUUUAUUAGGAACGAAAGGAAGAAGCUGCUGAACUACAAAGCUGCGCUGGUGAAGUCCCUGCAGCCGAAGAUCUACUGCCCGUUUGCUGGCUAUUUUGUGGAGGCUCAUCCAUCAGACAGAUACAUUAAGGAUACAAAUGCUAAGAACAGUGCAGAGGACCUCAAUGCUCUCAUCAAUAAGGUCGCACCAGAUAUCAAGACAUGGACGCCCAAGCCAGGCGCUGUGCUGGACCUCGGCCUCGCUCUGAGAGACCUCACCAACAGUGAGGCCAUCACCAAUCCCCCAGCCAGUGCAAAGAUCUACAAGGACAGUUGGGAUUUCAAUUUGUAUGUGGAUGAACUGAACAGCGCCAUCAGCAGUGACAUAUUCAAACAUCAAAACUGGACCCAGUUUUAUUACAACUGGGCAGGCUUUCAAAACUACAACCUUGUUGUGCGGGUGAUUGAGACAGAUGACAACUUUGAACCCCUCACUGUUGGCUACGACUACUUGGUGGACUUUUUGGAUCUGUCGUUUCCCACCAAGAGGCCUGACAGAGAGCACUCCUAUGUCGAGAUCAAAAACAGGAUCGGGGUGAUGAGAUAUUUGGUGCUGCACGGUCGUCUCUGGGAUGAUCUGUACAUCGGCUUCCAGAACUACAUAAGCCGAGACCCGGAUAUCUACCACUUCAAGUUCUGGAACCACUUCCAGACAGAGCUCCCAGUUCACAGGCCAGACUGGGACCAGUUCCUGCUGCAGGAGACUUCCACCCAGCAGCCUGACACGCCUCUAGAGCAGCCUGACACGUCUCCAGAGCAGCCUGACACGUCUCCAGAGCAGCCUGACACGUCUCCAGAGCAGCCUGACACGCCUACAGAGCAGCCUGACACGUCUCCAGAGCAGCCUGACACGUCUCCAGAGCAGCCUGACACGUCUCCAGAGCAGCCUGACACGUCUCCAGAGCAGCCUGACACGCCUGCAGAGCGGCCUGACACGCCUACAGAGCAGCCUGACACGUCUCCAGAGCAGCCUGACACGUCUCCAGAACAGCCUGACACGUCUCCAGAGCAGCCACAGCCAUGGAGCUAUUGUGUUGUGUUAUGAACAGGGAUUACUGGUGUUAAUUUUCUGAUUUCUGUUUAGGUUAGAAUUUAACUUCCAUGCCAGUCAGGUAAUUAUAGUUGUGAAGAGUAAAACAAAAAGAAGAUAAGACAACAAGUGUCUCCAUUAACUUUAAAGAACCAGACCAAUGGUUUUGCAUGUUUCGGUCUUAUUUGCUCUGGUAUAUGACCAGUAGCUUCUGGUGGCUAAUGUUAGCAAAGACACUUGUAACCAACAUUAGUCAGUUUGACAUCUUUAUGACUGUUCUCCAUUUGCGUUACUGACAUACUAAAUUUUAGCACGUGAAAGAAAAUACAUAAUCUCUGAUUGACUUGAAAAGUCAAGAGUCACCUCACAACAAUAAUGCAAAAUGGCAGCUUGGAACAGUGAAGUCUGAUUCAUAGUUAUUUAGCUAAAACUUGAAAGAACUGGUUUAAGCAAAACCCCAAAACUGGCACCGGUAUGUACUCAUCACCAGUUAGUCCAUCGAUCCCUUUAUACGUAGAUCAUCUGGGAAACAUUAACUUUAAUGUCCUAAUGACAUCAUGAUAAUCCUAAACUCUGAUCAUUAUGUAUCUUUGCCAAACAUAUUUAUUUAUGUUAUUCAAGUAGAAGUUCAAUAAGAAGACAACCUUCAAAAGGACAUUUAUCUAUUUCACAGAGACAGGGUUUUAACCCUUUAGGGAUUAUAUUUUAUAAGUACUGUACUUGGAGAUUUAUCUACGUCAAUACUACGAUACUUCCCUUGGUGGGAACUUCUGGAACAAGGCUCUUUAUUUAGGUUAAAUCUGCGGGUAUAAAUUCACACAUUUUUAUAUGUAUUUUAUGUCAUCUAUGAAGUUGACUUCAUAAAGUCAACCAAAUAGUUAAUAAUCAAUGAUGCACCGUCAAACAGAACAAGGAGGUAGUUCUUUGUUUGGCAUCAACACUGUGUGACUGUGUUGCAGUUCAGGGACCUUCUUACAACACUGUUUACACUUCCUGCUGAUUUCUUGUAAAACUAACUGAUUGUUGAUCCAACACUGGAAUGUAACGUGUCACUGUGACAAUUUAGCUCUUUUUUUGGGAAUGUAUUCAGCAGCUAAAUGCUCUAUAGUGGGUGGGUAAUUAAUUUUUACAUGAGAAACCCGAGAUGUGUUGGAGGGCCGAAUCAUUAAUUCUGCUCAAUAUUAAUUUUCUCCCAUUGUAAAAAGCAGUACAUUAUAUAUUUUGAUUAGCUGCGACUGGUAAUCAAAAAAA